CUGGCUCUUUAUUUCAAGUCCGUGCACGGCCCUUGGGCCGAGCCUUACAUAGCCUCGUUCCCGCGUGCCAUGUCGACACGUGUGCGGGGUUCGCACGAGUCCCCUUAGAAAUGGAGGGAAAACAUCCAGCAACAGAAAACAAGAGAGAAAUGAAAAUGGCAGUGACAGCAAGAGCAGACAAAGAAGAGAAGAAGACCAUUCGCUUACUUGUGUAAUUCUUACAAACCGAAGGGGCAAAAAAGGAAUUAAAAAGAGAAUGGAGAGAAAUCGGGGCGAGGACGUUUGCUGGAGAGAAGAGGUGGAAGAGAAGCUGAAGAGGCUGCAUUCCCUUCUCUUCGGUGCCGAUUCCGCUCUUGAAAGAGCCGAUUUCACCUCCGCCCAAAUUCUCGGCCUCCGUCUCCUUGGUUUCCUCGACUCCGUUUCCCAAAAUGCCCUCGACCAUGAGCUGGCCUUCAUCCACCCCAUACGCACCGAAAUCCUCUCCAAGAUUGAUUCUGCCCGUCGAUCCCUCGCACCCGAAUCCGAUCGUCAGGCAUUUGAACAAGCAAGAAGAGCUGGAGGUAAUGUUUUCAUCAAGAGAGGAGAUAUCAACGCUGAGAAAGUUAUGCAGUCAAAGUACUUCCGAUCUUUUCUUCACAAGUCCAAAGGAAGUGUUCCUGACAGAUUGAUUCCUGAUGUAUCAAUAGAUGCAAAUUCAUCUGGUCUUCAAAGUCUUGGCAUCUCCGAAGGCCAUCAAAUGUCUCAGUCAAGCCAAUUGGAUGGGAUGAAUGCCAAGUUGAAUUUCAAGGCUUCAAAAGUUCUGACACAGACAAAAUUAACAUCUUUGUACGGAAGCAGGCCUUCAAAGCCAAGUAAUACUCCAUACAAGAAACUGCUGAACUAUGAUGAUCAUGGCUUGGAGGAAUGUGUUGUUGUGGAGAAGGCAAAUUCCAAUAACUCGAACUAUCUGAAGGGCCAUGGUACAUCCUUCAUGUCCCAAGUGGAGGAAGAAGAAAAAUCUUAUGGGAAUAGUCUGAGAGCAAAACGUCAGCACAUGGAAAUUAUGAGCCCUAAACAUGACAUUGCGAAGUCUCCAUCAAGCAACGAAGAAGCUAAUGCUGAUAACUCUGGCAAUGGAUUUGUCACUGCAAGAGUGAAACUGGAAAUGGAUGCAAAACAAAGGCAUGGCUUACUACGCUCACCAAGUGCUUCAGUCUCUCCACAAAGUGAUAAUGGUUCUUUGGGAAACUUGAGAAAUUAUGGUGUGAGGUCUGGUGGCAUUUCUCGUCGUGGUUUGCGUGGUAAUUUCAUUCCCCCUAUCAGAUCGAAUGGAACCAGCACAGGUAAUCUGACAACACGGAUUUCAGGGAAGUGCGAUGAUGCAUUAGAGGACUCGACAAAAAGAUGUUUGGAAAUGUUAUGUGGCCCUGAUGGCGAGCUUCCAGAAAAGUUGAGAAAUCUGGAGCCCCGUCUUAUUGAACAUGUUAGCAAUGAGAUAAUGGAUCGGGAUCCCAAUGUCCGUUGGGAUGACAUUGCUGGCUUGGAGCAUGCCAAAAAAUGUGUGACCGAGAUGGUUAUAUGGCCUCUUUUACGUCCUGACAUAUUCAAAGGUUGUCGUUCUCCAGGAAGAGGCCUUCUUCUAUUUGGUCCUCCUGGGACGGGUAAGACAAUGAUCGGGAAAGCUAUUGCUGGAGAGGCUAAAGCAACCUUUUUCUACAUUUCUGCUAGUUCAUUGACAAGCAAGUGGAUAGGUGAGGGCGAAAAGCUAGUAAGGGCACUUUUUGGUGUUGCCAGCUGUCGUCAGCCUGCUGUAAUAUUUGUGGAUGAAAUAGAUUCGCUACUGUCUCAGCGUAAGUCUGAAGGUGAGCAUGAAUCGAGUAGAAGACUUAAAACCCAGUUUCUGAUUGAGAUGGAAGGUUUUGAUAGUGGAAAUGAACAAAUUCUGCUCAUAGGAGCAACGAAUAGGCCCCAAGAACUCGACGAGGCGGCACGCCGACGUCUCACAAAACGACUAUAUAUCCCUCUCCCUUCCUCAGAAGCAAGAGCUUGGAUCAUUCGUAAUCUUCUGGAAAAAGACGGCCUGUUCAAGCUCUCAGAGGAUGAUACUGUGACCAUAUGCAGGCUAACUGCAGGGUAUUCUGGAUCGGACAUGAAGAACCUAGUGAAGGAUGCAUCAAUGGGACCGCUGAGAGAGGCUCUUAGACAAGGCGUUGAGAUUACAAAAUUGAGAAAGGAGGAUAUGAGGCCUGUCACACUUCAGGUUGGAUUGGGUCGUCUGGUCCAUUCUAUUGGUUAGCUACAUGGGCUGGUCGGGUUGGGACUUCGAGGAUGCAUUACAAGAGGUGAGACCUUCUGUUUCAGCAAAUGAACUAGGGUCCUAUGAGGACUGGAACAAACAGUUUGGCAGCUUGUCGAUCUAAUCAACAUUUGAUGAUAAUCUUCAUGCUAAUACAACGUUCUGCCUUUGAUAGGUA